UUUAAAAAAUUAAAAAUUACAAAAAAAAUUAGGAAGCCUUCAUCUUCUUCAUCUGCCGAACAUCUCUAGAAAGUACUAAUAACAAAAGUUUCUUGAGGUUUUUUUUUCGAUCUAGCUUCGAUACAGUCGCUAGGGAUCUGCUGAUUCUUUCUGUGUUGUUGGUAAAUUAUUUUGUAUAAGUUUUUUUCUGGAGUUUGCUUGCUAGUGGAAGAAUCUGUUCUCACAGAAGCUGUACUAGUAGUUGGAGUUACACGUUUUGCAAUAGAGAUGACUUUUUCGGGAUAAUGGGCAUGGUUUUAGUGGUGAUUAAAGAGUCUUGAAGUUGGGAGGAAUGUCGGGCUUUUACAUUGAUGAGCUAGAUGAUGAUGACUAUUUUCCGAAUGAAUUGCAUGGGAACGAUGAUGGUAUAGUGCCAGACUCGGCGUAUGAGGAUGGAGGUCAGUUUCCAGUUCUAGUAAGUAGCAGGAAGAAACGAAGAAAUGAAGAUAUGGGUAGCGGAACAAACCGUUUAAAGAGUAAUACUUUUAUCAAGAGAGAGGGCGAUAUGUUAGGAAGAAAUUCAUGGCCUAAUAAAAACAGUGGUGCCUCUAAGGUGUCAGGCAAAGAUGUUCAGGAUAUGACAUUGGAGGAUGCAAACAUUUCAGAUCAUGGUUUCACUGGUGGCAACGCAGAUGUGGUUGAAAACUUCUCCACUGCAGAUCCUAUGUUGUGUGACAAUUCCGCUACAACACAUGAUGGAGCGUAUAAUUAUUCCCUCAACAAUAUUCCAAAUGCUGAAAAUAAUCUCAAUUUUUUCGACAAUGGAGACAAAGAAAGCAAUGAUCUUUUCUAUGGCUGGGAUGACAUAGGAAAUUUUGAGGAUGUGGACAACAUGCUUAGGAGUUGUGAUUCAACUUUCGGCUUGAAUAGUCUUAAUAAUGAAGAUGACUUGGGCUGGUUUUCUUCUGCUCAGCCAAAUGAGGAGACAGAAGGUGCGAUGACAGAUGAUCCAAAACCAGACAAAAUGUUGGAAAGUCAAAGAACCCCUAUGUUGCGGGUUGAAGACUUUUUGAACAAUAGUGACUCCAACCAUACUUUGGAAGAUGAGUAUGUAUAUACUGUUGCGGGCUAUUCAGCUCAAGGAAAAUCAUCAGAAAAUGUAUCUGAUACGAGUUCGCAAAAGAUGGAUAUAUUGAUGCUCGAUGUAGAGGCAAAUUUUGAGAAGAAGCAGAUUGAUCAUCUUAAUCAUUUGCAUGGGUUUUCGGAGAACAGUUCUACUUUACAGAAUAGUGGUAUUUCCAGGGAAAUAAUGGACACAAAUCAGUAUUACCCUCCCUCCGAAUUCCAACAGCGAGGAGUUCUAUUCUCACAUGUCCACUGUGAGCAGCCUUCCGAUCAAGUUUCAGCAUGUGAAAGUAAAUCUGGUAUCAAAUCCGAGAAAAACGCCAACACUUCCUCUGCUUCAAAUGAGUCGUACACAUCAAAUCAGGCACAAUCUGUCGAGAGCAUACAAGGUCAAGCUGUUGAUGAUCGCUGUAGGAGGGGAUUCGAAACGAGAGUUAGCUUGCAGCCCGGGCAAGAUAUGCGUCCUUCUUUUGCUGCUAGUACCAGGAAGAGUAGUAAGAAAAACCCCAUGGUGUUUCCUGAUGCUGCUCCUAUCCAGAAGAUUGGGCUUGAGAACGACCACAAAAAAACUGCAGCUGAAUCGGAAACAUCUAACAUGCAGGGAAGUUCUUGUGUUAGCUCUGUUGUGGAUGAUAUUUCACUGGAAGCAACAAGUUUUCGGCAGCUGCAAAGAGUUAUAGAACAGUUGGAUGUUAGAACAAAGCUUUGCAUAAGAGACAGCUUAUACCGAUUGGCAAAAAGUGCGGAGCAGAGACAUAAUGGUCGAAACAGACAGGACACAGGCGCAGGGUCGCAUCUCGUGACUGGUGAAACAGACAAGUAUGCGGGAUUUAUGGAUAUCGAAACUGAUACAAAUCCGAUAGACCGAUCCAUAGCUCAUUUGCUGUUUCACAGGCCCUCAGACUCAUCCCUUUCAUCAGAUAAUGAUGUUCUCUCAUAUAAAUCUCAUCCAAUGAUUCCUCAGCCCAAUAGUAGUCCAAGCCUGAGGAUAGAGAAACAAGAGGAAACUCCAGAACGUAGACCAGAAGCAGAAGUUGUAACAAAUGACAACAACUAAUGAUGUCGACAAAAACUGGCUCUUUCACUGCUGAAGCAUUCGAGAUAUGAUUGUUAACAUUAAUCUCGAUUUUGGCUAAGCGAAAUUGCUCGGGCUAGUUACCAAAAUCCUGACUGCUUCUUUCAUUAGAAUCAUGGAUGUAACACAGUUGUAUUUAAGUGUUGGGAAUCGGUUCGAACCGGGUCUUUGAGAUAUGUACUUUGCCUUUGUAAUAUGUUCAAAUUGUUAAGUAGGGGAAGAAACAGAGACAGCAAUUCUGUAGAUAAAGAUGUCAGUUUUUUUUGUAAUGCCAUGAAAUAUUCUGCUGUGUUACCAA